AUGCCACCCUCCACUUCGACAUCUAAACUCGGCGCUCAUGGCUUCAGUUUCUGGAAUUGGCCCGGCGCAGGCGAGGCAGCAGCAGAACAAAUGGGUUUAUCCCACGCGGUUGUGAUUCCAGCCAAUGCCCGUACCAUCGUCGUCGGAGGGCAAGUAGGAAUACGGGAUGAUGGCAAAGUACCUUCUUCAAUUGAAGAAGAAGUCCUGGAGGCUUUUGAUCACGUUGAACGUGCACUCAAAGCUGCAGGUUUGAAGGAAGACGCGUGGGAGUUUGUAUACAAGGUCAAUGUAGUUUUUGCGGAUUCAGAGAACCAUCCUGAGCUUGGACCCAGCUUGGGCAAAGCUAUGCAGAAGUAUUGCAAGGGAACAAGGCCAGCUGUAACUGGGUAUACAGUGCAAUCACUCUUUAUGCCUUCAUUGCACAUAGAGGUCGAAGUUCAAGCCUUCUUACCCUAAGCAGUAGAAUACAAGACGCCUGGAGGAUGAGGGAUACACAAUGGAAGAAGUUUGACCCAGCAUGACUUGUCUUGAACACAUGACUAGCAGAGGUCUAGUGCAGUACAAUCCUUCUACUCUAAUCGAAAUAAUCAUCAGAGC